AUACAAAUGAGUUCGCCCAUUCUCCCCUUUCCCUCCCCACUUUCCCGUGUCCAAAACCAACCAGCAGCCGUAGCUUUCUCUUCUUCCCCCCCGUCCGCCGUCGGGCCCGAGCGAUGUCGGCGAAGCAGGCGCAGCAGCCGGGCGACGGCCUGACGUCCCACAUCGCCGGCAUGUCCAAGUCACAGCUCUUCGACAUCAUGUGCCAGAUGAAAGCGCUGAUCGAUCAGGAUCGGGAGCAGGCGCGGAAGAUCCUUGUCGACAAUCCGGCCCUGACCCGCGCGCUCUUCCAGGCACAAAUUAUGCUUGGAAUGGUGAAGCCUCCUCAAACGAUGCCUGAUAUCCAAACAGCUUUGUCGCAAGCUCAACCAUCAGAAGUGGGACAACCCUCAAAUGUUCAACCUCCUCAAUCAAUGCCGAUUCAACCUGGACCGCAGACUCAAACCAGUGCAUCUCAAACUUCAGUACCUCCUACUACUAAACCUCAACACCCAGUUCAACCACCUACUUUACCUUCUUCUUCUUUAGUCCCUCCAUUGACGUUUCCUCCUCAGACAGCGCCAUCAAAUCCUCCACAACCUGUACAAACGAAAGCAUUUUCGAUUGCUCAAUUUCCUCCCGUAUCAUUCCAGCAACCUUCACAGAUUCAUAGUAAUGUUUCCCUACCUUCCCCUUCCGCUCCUCCACAAUAUAUGAUUCCUCCACAACAGCCGCUGCAGACUCCCGGAGUAUUCAAUCAACAACUGCAGCCGCCUUUGCCUCAGCACCCGAGGCCUCUGCCACACAUGCAAUCCUUCUCGCAUCCAAUCCAUUCGCAGAUGCCUCAUGGACUUGGUUUUCAACCAUCGAGUGCUCAGCCAUUGUUACAGCCCAUGUUUACUUCUGGUGAGAAUCCUCCAUCUUUCCCUCAGGGACAACCACCGUUGCCUAAUCAGCCACCACCUCAGCAGCUGUAUCAGGCUGAGAGAGGAGCUCCAUGGGUGCCCGGCCGGCUGGAGAUUUCUUCAGCGGGGCCCCAAAUACUGGGCCGACCACCAAUGCCUUCUGGACAGAUGGUGCCCGGAAUGGGCAGUCAGGCUCCUCGGCCGCCGCCGUUGACAGCUGAAAUGGAAAAAGCUCUGCUUCAGCAAGUUUUAAGCCUCACGCAGGACCAGAUCAAUAUGCUGCCUGCGGAGCAGCGGCAACAAGUGCUUCAACUGCAAGAAAUGCUCCGACUGAAGUAGAUCUCAUGCUACCUUUGUAAUGUUUCGCUUAAGCACAAUGCGCUCGCCUGAUAUUUGUGUUCGCGAGCUUGUAUUAAUUAUUUACUUUUAUUACAAGUUUCAUCUCAUUCUGUAAUCUGUUGCGCAUUUCAAUAUUCCGAUGCUCCUUUUGGCUUGGAAUGUUUUUUUU